CUCAUCCAUUGGCCCCUCCCCAAGGCCAGACCAGCCCUGGUCUAGCGCCCAAGCUGUCGGUCGGGGGUCCCCUCGUCACCCCAGCCACCGCUCUUGUUGUUGCGCCUGAGCGAGCGGGCGGGCAGCGUAACAGGCCCGUGAGGAAGAGGCGAGGAAGAGAGAGAGUGAGUGAGAGAGCGAGUGAGGAAGAAGAGCAGGGGUGAGCUUCACGCCGGUUCGUUCACCCAUCCGCAUCCAUCUCCACCAACACCAGCCCCGAAAUCAAAACAAGACGGCACUCACACUGUCACUUCCUCGCUCGCUCGCACGCACGCACGCACGAACCACUCUCUGUUCACUGAACGUCCCGCCUCGCCUCGCAUCCCGUCGCCCAUCGUCAUCCAUCGCAUCGCGCGCACAGCACACUCACGAGCGUAUACACACAAUCGUCCACCACCACCGCCACCACAUGCGCCGACGCACCGACGCCCACCAUGAUGCGAGACGCCCGGCGCCGGAGCCCAGAGAGCUCCCGGCGGCGCAGGCGAGAGAGUAGACGGGACUCGCGCGAGCAGCAGCAGCAGCAGCAGCAGCAGCCGACACCGCCGCAGCUCACCACCCUGCCGCCCAUGCCCAUGUCCCAAGAGUCGCUGCCUUACACUCAUCACCCGCAGGCGACAACGGCGGCGCCCCCCAUGACGGCCGCGACGGCGACGACGACAACGGCCGACCGCGGCGCCUACGACUAUCCGGCAUCCUACCAGCAGCAGUACCAGCAACCAUAUCCGCCGUACCAGCAGCAGCCGCAGCAGCAGCAGCAGCAGCCUCAACAACAGCCGUAUCAGUAUCCGCCCCAUCCUUCGCAGCGCCAGCGCCCGCGCGCCCCCUCCAGCUCAGACUCAUCGUCCAGCUCCCUCUCGUCGUCGCUGCUGGACAUCUCGCGACACUACCCCCACACGAGCCGCUUCGGCGGCGUCUUCGGCACCUUCUUCCGCGCGCCGUCGGAGCGGUCGAGGCUGCGCCGUCGCAGGAGCGGUGGCGCGCGGAAGCGGCGCAUCCUAUAUUUUGGCAACUCGUCCUCGUCCUCGGUCAACUCCGAUCUCGCCUACGGCAAUGGCUAUAUCGCAAGGCCCAAGGGCCGCAGCGUCAGCCCCCGCACGAGCUUUGCCGGCGCCGCCGCAGGCACCGCCGCUGUCGCCGGUAUGGCUGCCGGUGUGGCUGCCGGGUCGUCUCAGCACUACCAUCGCGGGCCCGCCGCCGGCUAUGCCACGGACGGCUCGAAUCGCGCAGGUCCGCGCAGGGCCAAGACGGACGAGGAGAUCCUCCAGUUGGGACGCCAGCUGCAGGACUUUGCGCGCAAGCAAAACGAGCAAGAUCUCAAGGCCGCGGGCCGAGCCCGUCCGUCCGGCCUGAUGGCUGCUGCCGCCACCGUCAGUGACUUUCGGCGCAAGAAGCGCGACGGUGCCGCCAGCCGGGGCAUCGGCAGCUCGCGCCCUCACCACGGGUCUUCGGGCGACGAUUCCGACUGGGAGUCUGCCUCGGAUGAUGAGUCGAGCGAUGGCGCCGAUUCUGAGCUUGCGUACGGCUCGGUCGUGUCGCAUGCUCUCCGGCCCGCUGCAGCGGCUGUGGCCGGAGCAGCUGCCGGAGCGGCCGUUGCGUCGACCGUAGGCGGGCGCUCCACGCUUAGAAGACAGACGUCUGCCGUUGAUCCCCGGCUGUUUGGACCCGUAAACUCCCUCCAUGGGCUGGUCACGCCUCAGCCCUUCAGGGAUGGCGAUUCUACCGUUCCGGCCGCGCAGUACCGCGACUUCAACAGGCUUCGACGCGCCGAGACUGAGCCUGUACGUAAGACGACCGACCCGACCAAGUUCGAUGCGGAUGCGGCUUCCGCAUUCUCCCGCCAAGGUCUUCCUUACCGGUCCCGUCCGGAACCCGUUCCCUUGCAGCAACCUGUCCCAAAGACACCAGUCUCCCCCAAGGUGUAUCAAACCGAGAAGCUGGAGGAAGCCAGCCGCAGGGACUCGCGAGACCAUCGCACCAAAGCGGAAGACAAAGGCCUCAGUGACGUGGCGAUGGCUGGCGUGGGCAUGGCUGCUGCGGGAGCUGCCGCCAUGGCCUUCAACCGCAAGAAGAGUAGGGAAGAGCGGAGAUUCGAUCGUCGCGACGAUGGGAAGGAUGAGAGGAGUGACAAGCGCGAUAGUCGCGAGUAUCGCGAGUAUCGAGACGAUGAACGCCGAGAUCGCGAUCGCCGCUCCGAAAAGUCCGAAGAGACUGACAAGGGUUCCAAGCGCAAAGGCAAAGAGCCUGACCGCGACAUGGACCGGCGGAGCUCCCACCGCGACUCGUAUUCCUCCAAGUACGCCGACGACCGCGACCACAAGCGCUCCUCGCGACAUCAAGACAACGAAACGCCCCGCAAGAGGCGCGAGACGACCGUGGACCACUACCCUGAGCCUCAGAUCCGUACCUACCGGAAUGGGGAGAUCGAAGUUGAGCUAGACGGCGAGGGGGGAAGCAAGUUGUCGCACACAUCAAGGCGAGAAAGCCGCAAGUUUGACGACCGGGACGACCGCCGUGGUCUCUAUAAGACCGAAAAGGCAGGUCCCGAGAGCGCUGAUGGCCCAGGCAACCAACCGUCCCAGAGAACUCCCGUUGACCCUUUCCAGUAUCAGAUUCACGACAACGGCCUGGCAGCACCGGACGCAGGGCCUGCUCGCCCGUUGACACCAACCGUGGUAACGGUUGAUCGGGAACCGACGUUUGAUAACUGGCCGCCCAGGCCGUCAGUCUCGGACGCUAGGCUGAGCCGCAAAGACUCCUUUGAGAUUGAGCAGAUGGCCGAAGACUACAAGAAAGGCGCAACGGGUGCCCCGCGCAGCCCCGAGCCCCGUCGACGCGACGCGUACGAUGAGGGAGAGAAGGCGGCCAAAACCAUCUACGAAGAGACCAAGCACUCCACCAUCCCGGUCGCAGCAGGUGCAAUUGCAGCCGCUGUUGCCGUGGAGACGAUGAAGUCUCGAUCUCGGUCUCGGUCUCGCAAUCGCCGUGACGAGCCCUCGGAUGGCGACAGGCAGGUGCGGCAGCGCGAUGUUGAUGAAGUUCAAGAGCGCGCCAACAAAGAAUACCGCGCAUACCGAAUGGCAAAGAAGAUUGCCGAGGACCAAGAUCGAUCUCGCAGUCAGACUCCGGACCGCUCCGUCAUGGAUCGGUACAAGGAUGACGCCACGGACGAGGUCAAGAUUGUCACGCCGCCGCAAUAUGAGGACAGCCACCACGACCCCGACAAGAACCCAUACGAUAAGCCCGACGCUGACGUGCGAAUCGACAACAAGAUCUUCCCCAGGGAGAUCCACAAGUUUCGAACCAACGGCCUGGACGCACCGCUGUUCAAAUCCAGAGACCCUUCAUGCGAGAGGGACAGACCCGUGCUCAACCUGGUGUAUCCCACGCCUGUGUCCAGCCGCCAGCCCACGCCGAGCCCGGAACACGCCAAGCAAGACAAUGAUACGCAACAGCGGCGCGAGCCAUCGUCUGGGUCCGUCCCUGAUGCGAUAAUCGACGCAGGCGAUGACACCGCACAGCCGUCCUCGGCCAAGUCUGUGAAGUGGGGCGAGAACUCGACUAAGAGCUUCGAGGUCGAGACCCCUGAGCCGCGGAGCGACACCGAGCCGAGCUGGGACAAGGCAGAGGAAAAGUCCAGGCCACGUCUCAACCAGUCGAGUCAAUGGGGUAUAAUUGCCGCGGCCAUUGCUGGGAGCAGCCGCGAACCGGCCAACGAGAUCGAGGUGAGAGAAAGCAAAGAGCAUGAUGACCCCAAGCCUCGAGAUUUCGCUGCUGGCGUGCCCGAGCACAGCUUCGCAGACGAGUCUGGAGCGCCGCCGGUCCCUGGCCCGAAGCCGCCGAGCCCGCACCCGGAGAGGAUGCCGGGCGGUUUCGGGGAUGACAUCGAGUUCGCCGCCACCCUCGCUGCCGGUCUCAAGGACACAGGGUUCGACCCUAACAUCGUAAUCGACGACCCGGGAUAUCGCCGGCGCAGCUCUCCCCCUGGUGAAAGCGAGCCUAAUGGAGAUAGCUGGAACCAUACGCCACUCGCGGAUGUCGUCGCCAACAUGACUGGUGCCCGUAACGAGCGGUCCGUCCCCGAGCCCGGCUAUGUCGUCGGCGAGGUCGAGACGCCCAGGGAAGAGACUGCAGCCACUGAGUGGGCCGAGGUCCCUGCGAAGCUGAGCAAGAAGGAGAAGAAGCGGCUUGAGAAACUCAAACGUCAGUCCGUCGACGUGUCCGAGCCGACAGCCGAGAGCUCAGAGACACCAACAUUUGACGACUCCAUCGACGUCCCGGACAAGCUCAGCAAGAAGGAACAGCGGAAGCGCGACAAAGCGGCCAAGUCGCUUGCUCAGGACGAGCCGCCAACCUCCGUGACCGCUUCAGAGCCUGGCCAAGGUCAUGACGCCGGCGAAGACUACUGGGAAGAGACUGGGCCCAAGAAGUCCAAGAAGAAUCGCAAGAGUCGAGACCUGGAAGAUGACGCCUCCUCCAAGGUCUCGGUCCCCACGAACGCCUUCGAAGACUUGCAAUCGCUCCGGAAUGUUGACCCUAACGAUGAGUGGGACACGGCCAAGCAGUCCAAGAAGAAGUCAAAGAGAGAUUCUGGUGCCUAUGAGUCGGCAUCCCGCGCUGCGUCUGAAGUGUCCGCCGAGAGCUCGAGUAAGCGGAGCAGCAAGUCCAAGCGAAGAAGCGGCGUGGAUGACGACUUCAACGAGUACGGGGAUGGGCCACCUGACACCAGGAAGAGCGACCCCUUCGAGGAUCGCGAGGUGACAUCUGUCGUCUCGGAGGGUCGAUACGACGAUGACCGGAAGCGCGAGAAGCGCGAGAAGCGGAGGUCAUUGCGCUACGACGACGACGAUACUAAGUCGGUCGCCUCGGCUCCGGGAGGCUCGUCCCGCAGAAGCAAGGCUAAGGAGUCGGACACGAGGUCGUCCCGGUACGACGACGACGACACCAAGUCAGUUGCAUCGGCACCGGGCGGCUCAUCGCGUCGCAGCAGAGACAAGGACUCGGACGGCAGGAGGUCGUCGCGCUACGAUGACGAUGACACCAAAUCUGUGGCCUCGGCACCGGACAGCUCCUCUCGCAGGAGCAAGGACAAGGAUGCGGAGAAGAGGUCAAGUGGUCUGUUCUCCAGCAUCUUCAAGUCCAAGGACGACAAGAAGGAUUCUUUUUUAGGUAAUGCCGGCACCCCUGGCGCAGGUGCCGGCUUUGCGACUGCUGCCGCCGCUGCCGCGGCCUACGUGGCAGCCAGUCGCUCACAUGCCACCGAAGAUGACUUCGAAAAGGGGGCCGAUGUGUCAGACCGCGCAGAAGGAGCGCGGGACUUUGACGCCAUCGACCCCGAGGUUGCUCCCCGAGCGAUCAAGCCCGCCAUUGACCCCCAGUAUGGCGACCUUCUCCCCCUUCCUCCCAGCGAGCCGGGCAGCCCGACACAGUCCCCCGAGGAGCUACCAACCCUUCCCGAUAGUCGCCCAGACACCCCUCCCGACGAGCGCAACUUGAAGCGCGAAUACAGCACCCACCUCCGUCGCCGGAGCGCUCAAGAGACCCCCAUCAAGUCUCCCAGUCGGACUGCCAUCCCCAUCUCGCUGAGGCUGGGCCAGAGAGCCAGUCCCAGCACCCCUGGCUCCGGCACGUUCAGAUCCCCGCCCCCUGACUCUCCCAGCAGCGCUCCCGAAUCCGCUACCCGACGGCAAGCACGCCACAUCUCCUGGGACAGUAGCCGGGAGAUCAAACCUCUUUACCUUCUCGAGCACUCGAGGCACAGCUCGGCCGAUGCCAUUCCCCAGCAGACCGACUUGCCCGAGCUGCCACCCAGCGAACCGUCCUCACGGGAGUCACCCGCUCCCGAGUUCGAAGACGCGUACGAUGCUGUCCAUCGCGGACUGAGUCUGGAGGAUCUCGCCGAUACUGGCCUUCGUAUUGAUACCGGCAUCGCUCAGCUUCCCCAGGAGCAGGAUCUUGCCGGGUCGCAGGAGACGACGCCCAAGGCAGACGCAAAGCCCGAACUCCAGGAGCUGCCCCCGCUUCGCAACGAUGAAGACCAAUCGGCCAUGUACGUUGAACCUGAUCCUGUGGAGCCCAUGUCAAAAGAUAGAAGCUCGUACCUGCUGCGCUCCACGCCAUCGUCCGUCAGAUCUAAUAGGACCAUCGACAGCGACAACAUCGCGUCGGGUCCCUGGGACUCCAGCCCCUCCAAGAAGCUGAGCGUGGACGACGCGUUACCGGAUGUCGCAGAAGACAUGACGUCAGCCGACGAACACUUCUCUGAUGCGCGGGAAGGCACGCCGGACAACGCUUUCGAGGAGGCCGCUUCAUGGCCCGCGGAAGCUGCAACUAAAUAUCAGCCCAUUGAGGAGCCUUUGCUCGAGAGGGCCAUGCCUGAGACGACGUCUACUACUGAAGAAGCUGAGCCGGACGAGUGGAGCACGAUGACAGCCAAGGAGAAGAAGAAGAAGGCCAAGAAGGCGCGCAAGAACAAAGGGCUGGAUUUCGCCGAGGCGGCUGCGGCAACUGCAGCUGUCGGUACUGCCGCUGCGGCUGUUGCUUCUGCUAUGGCAGAUGAUGCGACAAAGGACGAUGCGCCGUCAUCUCAACCCGACCCGUCUCAGGAUGAAUUCGACCAGCCAAAGAAGGGGAAGAAAGGUCAGAAGAACAAGCGUAAGUCUCUGUUAUGGGAAGACACUGUCGAAGACAAGGCCGUGGAGCCAGCCAAUGACGAUCCGGUUGUGGUGGAACGAGUCGAAGUUCCAGAGAUUUCUGUAAAGGACAAGCCGGCUCCUGCAGAAGUGUCAGAUGACGUUCCUGCGAAUGGCGCCUCAGAGUUGCGGCCUCUCGAUGUUUCCACCGACAUGUCCUCGAAAGAUGAGACUCUGAGGAGCCCUCUAGAGGGCUCAGCUCCCCAGGCGAUCGAUGAUCCAGUUGAGAUCAUCACGGACACAAAGCUUGGUGCUCCUGAUUUAGCCGAGGCUGCACAAACAGUCGACGCGUCAGCUACAGAGCAGGGCUCCGAAGAGAGCUCCCGCGAAGCUGUCCCGGCACAGCCUAUCGAGGAAGACUUUUGGACGGCUCCGACAAAAAGGGGCAAGAAAAAGAAGGGCAAGGCGGUCAUCGCGGGGGACGAGAGCCCUCCCACGGAGAUUGAGACCCCGAUGCCCGUUGAGUCUGCCGAAAGUACCCCCGAGGAGACGCUGGAAGUCACUGAGCCUCCUGCUCAUGAACCGACAAUACCAGCCGAAGAGACGACAGUAGCUGAUCCUGGAAUCGCGGCGAACGAGCCAGUUACUGCUGCCCUCGAGACGGAGGCCGCGACGGAAGCCAGCCCGGACGACUUCUGGUCCGCCCCUGCUACCUCUAAGAAAGACAAGAAGAAGAAAAAGAGGGGAAAGCAGGCGGCCAUGGCUUGGGAUGGCGACCCGGCGCCGGCAGAGAGCGGGACUCAAACCCCUGCUGAGACUGUCGACGCGGAGGAGUCUUCCGUCAAAGAGCUCCCAGAACCCGCCAGCGAAGCAAGAACGCCCGACGUGGCUGAGACUAGGGCCCAGACAGAAGAAAGCAUCUCUGCAGCGGAACCAGCCGCCGAGGCCGAUGCUGAAGACUUGUGGUCAACCCCAGCCUCUUCCAAAAAAGACAAGAAGAAGAAGAAAAAGGGCAAGCAGGCCAUGACCUGGGACGAGCCUCAAGUGGCGGAACCUGAUUCCCAAGCUGCGUCUGCCGAGGAAGAAAAGGGCGCGGAUACGCUCGCCAGUGACCAGCCUUCCGAAGCCGUACAGGACGAAGCCAAGAGCCUCGAAGUCGACCCAUCUGUGCCAGCGACUGAGGCCGCCAUGGGCGAGCCUGCGCUUGUUGAGCCUGAGAGCUCCAGUCAGCAGGAAGCUAUUGCGUCUGUCUCCGACCAGCCAGCGACGACUGAUCCUGACGACGAAUGGGCAGUCCCCGUGACGUCAAAGAAGGACAAGAAGAAGAAAAAGAGAAAGAGUCUUCAGCUGGAGGAGUCAACCCCCGCAGAUCUCGCCGACGAACCUCCCGUUGAAUUGAAAGAGCAGUCGGAUCCUCCCGCCGCAGCAGACGGUGGCCGAGUUGUGGAGACGGCUAUCGAAGAUGCGACCUCUACUGCCCUUGAAUCUGACUUUGCUCCCGUAACGAAGGGCAAAAAGAAGAAGAAUAAGCGAAAGUCAGUGCAAUGGGAGCCAGAGGAGACUGCCGCGGCUCUAGAGCUCGAACCAGAAGGCCUUGAUAAGCCUCGUGACAUCGAGUCUACCGAGGCAACCACCACUCCCCAGGAAAGUCUUGCCCAGGACGAACCACCAAAUGAAGGCCGCGAUGAGUCUUCUGCUGCCCUUACGGCGGCAGCGACGGCCACCGCUCUUGCUGCGACCUUCGGCCACGAGGCGACUACCGACAUACCGGCAGAGGAAGCCAAAGAAGCCACAGAAGUAGCAGACAAGGAGGCCGAACAGCCCCGCCCGCUGGAGUCGCACGUCUCUGAACCUCUUUUCUCCCAAAAUGAUGGCCCUCAAUUUACUCAGGAGCCGUCCAGUGUCGAGCCAACGCAAACCGACGAGCCGGUUCGGGACGAGCCUGAGGCUCUAGAGCCCGCCCCGGAAGCCAUCCUUGAAGACUUUUCCGUUCCCAAAACAAAAAGCAAGAAGAAUAAGAAGAAAAGCCAGUCAAGUGUUUGGGACCUAAUUCAGGAAGACUCUACCCCAAAGCCAGAGGCGGAGCCGGAGACCACCGCCGUCAUGUCACUUGACGACCAGGUGCCCUUGGAAUCAUCAGCAACGCAGGUCAAUGAGGAGGACGCGACAACGAAACCCAUCGAUGACAAGUCAGAGCCCCAGAUCCUGCCCGAUGACCAAGCCUCGAAAGACUUGCCGGAGGAAGCACCCCAGGCAGACGGCCCCCAGAGCCAGUCAGAAGACGAAUGGGACAGGCUCAUCAGCGGCAAGAAGGCCAAGAAGAACAAGAAGAAAGGCAGCAAGUCCGUCUCCCCGGCGGAACAAGAGCCAGUGGAAGCGCCCAGCCCUGUACCAUUCGUCGAGCCUGUCGCUUUGACGCAAGAGCCAAGUAGCCUGGGGGAGCCGCCCGCUGAUGUGGCCACCGACCAACCGAGCCAAGAAUCCGCCCCUGUCGACGAGUGGCCUCAGUUCACGAGCAAGAAGGGUAAGAAGAAGAAGCGUCAGAGCCAAAUGUCCAGCGCGUGGGACGACGAACCCGCCGCUAGCGCGCCUCCAGCCGAACCAGUUGAAUCGGUCGAGACGUCCGCGCCAUCUGCUGAUCCCGACGCUGAGUUUGAGGUUCCGAAGAAGGGCAAGAAGGGCAAGAAAAAGAAGAAUACCUUCUCUUGGGACUCGCUUGACGUGGAGACGCCGCCUGAAUCCGAGUCGAAAGUCCAAGACGCAGCUCUGGAAGAUGUUCCGCAGCGCGAGGCGGAGAUCCAACUGGAACCAGAGGCUGUGCUGCCUGUAGAGGCUGCAGCUCUUGCUGAUAUUUCGACUGAAAACACAACUGUCGAAGUCGAAAAGCCCUCGGAAUCCGAGUCUAAGAGUGUGGCAGACGAAUCGUCAAGGCAACCGUCUGCCACAGAGGCCGGUUUCGUUGAGCCCUCCGCUGCUGAUGAGAGCGAGUUUCUCUUCCCUGCGAAAAUGUCCAAGAAGGACAAGAAAAAGAAGAAGCAGCAGCAAGCCGCCUUAGACGAGGCGAUGCAGCAACAGUCAGCAGAGAUUACAGCCAACGACGACACGGUCACGGCAACGGGGCAAGCAGACUCGGAGCCCAAGGGUACCGAAAGCCUUUCAUUGGAUCGAGCUGUAGAGGAGACGGCGACGCCCGAGGCUGUGGUGACGACCGGGGAAACCGGACAGCAAGAGGAGGUGGCGUUUGGUGACACGCCUGGCGCCAGCGAGCAGCAGUCAGAGGCAAUUCCUGAUGACGAGUGGGGAACCCGAGACUACGACGCCACUGGAGCCGGAGCCAGAGGCACUGCACACCACGGCAGAUCAAGCAGCAGAGCCAUCGCGAAUGGACGUUGACUUCGUGGCAGAGAUGGCCAGGGACAACGCUGAGCCUGCGCCCUCCCAUGCAGAAGCUUCUGCCGAGACCCCUGUCGCAGAGGAGGCUGCAGUCCCGGACGAGCCCGAAAAAAAGGAAGAGGAGGACUGGAGCUUUGGUCUUUCGAAAAAGGAUAAGAAAAAGAAGAAGAAGACCAAGGCUCUGGAGCUCGCAGCUGAUGAAAGCUCGCCUUCUUCUGAGGCCGAUGCCUCCCGGGAGGGGGACACUGGCAAGGAGCCCGUGGAUGACUUCUGGAGCGCUCCUGUUUCGAAGAAGGACAAAAAGAAGAAGAGAAAGUCCACUCUUGCCAUGGAGAGCGAUACGCCCGAUGGCAACUCCGCCCCGACAGAAGACAACACGGAGUCUCAGCCCCACCCGGACGUCGAGGCUGUGGCCGAUAACACCGUCGACAAUUCUGCAGCUGCGGCCCGCGAUCUUGACCAAGCCCCGGCCAUGAAAGAAGAGCUUGCCGAUGCCGCUUCCAUCGACCGUGUUGCACCCAUCGCGGAAGAACCUACCCAGGACACUGUGCUCGAGCGCAGCCAUGUUAAGGAGUGGCCCGCCGAGCCUGAGUCUCUGCCAAUAGAGCAGGAUCCCGGCGAGUCCAGAUCUGAGGAGAGUAUGCCUGAACCCAAUCCGGACGACGAGUGGUCUGUUCCAGUUGCCACUAAGAAGGGCAAGAAAGGCAAAAAGGGCCGCAAAAGUCAAGUCGACGUUCUCCCUUGUCAUGAGUCCACGGCCGACACUUCGAAAUUGCCAAUCACCGAGCCCGCCCCGAAGCCGGAGGAGGAUGCUGCGGCUCCUGCUGAUGCUGCGUCUGACACUGCACCCCUUUCCGCUGGAGAGCCUGUGGCUGUUCCUCAGACAGAAGACACAGAGAUGGGUGAAUCUUCUGUCACGCCUGUCAAGGACACUGAAAUGCCGGACGCCACACGAGAGGUCGAGGGCCUGUUUACUCACGAAGUUGUCAUCCCCGAUGCAGAUGCCGCAGUCCCAGACACUCCUGAGCACGAGGCAGACACUGCCAAGCCUGAUGACGAGCCUGUAUCGGAAACACAGCCCUCGGAAGACGCUGCGGCGGAAGACGCUUGGGACACGAU